AUGAGUAUGAACGUCUUUCGCCUGUUAGGCGAUCUGUCUCACAUAUCGUCGAAAUGCAUCUUGAUGUGGGCCAUUCAUCGGAACAAAAGUGCGGAAGGUGUCUCGCUACUCACACAGAUGCUUUAUGCUGCUGUAUUUGUCACACGCUACCUUGAUCUGUUCCGAGGGAGCGGUUGGAGAAGCUUCUACCUCGUUUUCUUCAAGUUCUUCUAUAUAUUCUCUUCUUUCUAUAUCAUCUUUUUGAUGAUGAAGGUCUACCCACGGACGCGUGAGAGAGAGAGGGCAUGGAAGAUGGCUCUCGGUUCCAUCGUGCUUUCGCUUGUCCUAGCGCCGAUUGUGACUCCUAUUUUCGACGAUAAAGACCUCUUCAAAACCCACUGGUUCACCGAGAUAAUGUGGGCCUUCUCCAUCAUCCUAGAAUCCGUAUGCGUGCUUCCCCAGCUCCUUCUACUCCGCCAGACUACCGUUCCUACGGUCAUUGAUUCAUACUAUCUCCUUGCUCUGGGCUCUUACCGCGCGUUCUACAUACUGAACUGGUUUGUGAGAGGGUUUGGCUCCGAGAAACACUGGGAUCCGAUCGCGAUGAUCUUUGGUAUCCUUCAAACUGCUUUCUACGUUGAUUUCGCUUGGGUCUACUAUUCUCGUCAGCGCGUCAAGCUUCGAAAUGGCGGUGUAGUCGAUUCGGAAGAUUAUAGUAAAAGUUGGAUAGUUAACAAGGUGUUCAAUAUCAAACGGCGACGAGAAAGUCUGGACGAGGAGCAGAACCUUACCGGAGAAGGAGUGGAAGGGGAGAGGGGAGCCGGUGGUGACAGGCCUAGCAACAACCACUGGGGUGCUCGCGGCAUUUCCAUCUCGGCUGACGAUACCUUGGACGAGCACACCCGGCGCAAGCCCGGGGAUGCGGAUAACGAAGGCUUGGAGGGAUUUCUGGAAGAUGAGGAUGACAGUCUGGACGAUCAGACUGAUGGGCAGAGCCCAUUGCAUCACGCACCGGUCACGUCCAAUCGCGACUAA